CUCUUGGCCUCAUCACCAUAGGGCCUGUCUCUAAUCACAGGGCCUCUGCCUGUGGCCACAGCAGAGAAGCCACUGUCCUGUGAGCACCAGCAACUGACCACCAGCCCUAAACUAACAUCAGCCCCCUCGGGGGACCAGCUGCCAGACCUUAUUGGAACCCAGUUUGGGCUCUAGGGAGUCAUUUCAGCAGUGUCAACAUGUCCCGGCCCAGCAGCAGAGCCAUUUACAUGCAACGGAAGGAGUACUCGCAGAGCAUCUCCUUGGAGCCCACUCACCUGCAGUACAGGGUGGAGCACCUGAUGACCUGUAAGCUGGGGACUCAUGGAGUCCAGGAGCCCAAGGACGCCAUGCAAAAGCUGCAGGAGAUGGACACUCAGGGCCGGGUGUGGAGCCAGGACUUGCUCCUGCAGGUCAGAGAUGGCUGGCUCCAGCUGCUGGACAUCGAGUCAAAGGAGGAGCUGGACUCUUACCGCCUGGACAAUAUCCAGGCCAUGGAUGUAGUGCUCAACACCUGCUCCUACAACUCUGUCCUGUCCAUCACUGUGCGGGAGUCAGGCCUGCCAGGCACCAGCACUCUGCUCUUCCAGUGCCAGGAAGUAGGGGCAGAGCGAUUGAGGACAAGCCUGCAGAAGGCCUUGGAAGAGGAGCUGCAGCAAAGCAGACCCCAAUUUGGAGCCCUUCACCCAGGCCAGGACAGAUGGAGGGGGCCACCUCUGGAAAGGCCACUCCUUAAGGAGCAGGUCCCCCCUCUGGAGCACAGGCCAGCUCCAGAACAGCCCUACGGGAUGACCCCAGAGCACAGCGUACCGCCAUCCCCAAGGCCCUUGUUGCGCCACUCCAGCACCAGAGAACCCAGCGCCUCGGCUCUGCCUCCCCCAGCGCAGCCGCCAUCCCCUGAGGACCCAGAGCGGGAGGAGGAGGUACUGAACUAUGUCCUAAGGGACAUUGAGCUGUUUGUACAAAAGCUGAAGGAGGCCCAGGCAAAGUCCGGUCGUAAGAAGAAGAAACUGGGAAAGAAAAAGUACAAGUAUCCACGGGGGAUGACACAGGCACAGUACAUCGAUUGCUUCCAGAAGGUCAAGUACAGCAUCAACCUCCUGGGGAACCUGGCCAACAGGCUGCAGCAGACAACUGCCCCUGAGUUUGUGUACAUCCUCUUCCAAACUCUGGACUUUAUCCUGGCCCAGUGCCCUGAGCCUGGCCUAGCAGCCCAAGUGAUCUCACCCCUCCUUACCCCAAAAGCCAUCGACCUGCUGCAGUCCUGUCUUAGUCCACCUGACAGUAACCUCUGGAAGGGGCUGGGUGUGGCCUGGACCACCAGCCGGGCUGACUGGACAGGCUCUGAGCCCCCACCCUACCAACCCACAUUCUCUGAUGGUUGGCAACUUCCAGAAUCUUCCAGUCAGGCAUCCUUAAAAUACCAGGACUCUACUUCCCUCCGCCCUAGGUUAGGGAGCACCUCACGCUUUGCUCAAGAGGAGACAUACCACCAUGGCCCUCAGCCUGGGGACCCCAACCUCGUGCUCUCCAGCCCCAGACCUGUCAAGUCAGCCUUGAAAAUGCAAGUCCUAUAUGAGUUUGAAGCUAGGAACACGCAGGAACUGACUGUGGCCCAGGGAGAGGUGCUAGAGGUUCUGGACCAGAGCAAGCGGUGGUGGCUGGUGAAGAAGGAGACGGGGCAGAGCGGCUACAUUCCCAGCAACAUCCUGGAACCCCUAGAGUUGGGGGACCUGGGGAACCAGAGCUGGUCACCCCCUUGGGCUCCAAUGCUUCGACUUAGCUCAAGGCCGGAGGAGGUCAGGGCCUGGCUGAAGGCAGAGAACUUCUCCACUUUCACGGUAAGGACCCUCGGAUCCCUGAUGGGAAGCCAGCUGAUUCACAUGAGAGCCGGGGAGCUACAGAUGCUGUGUCCACAGGAGGCCCCACGAAUCCUGGCAAGGCUAGAGGCAGUCAGAAGGAUGCUGGGGGUGAGGACACCCUGCAGUCCUGACCCCCACUUGAAAUUCAGGGUGCUCCCAGGGUAAGAGUAAGAGCGCCAAGUGGACAAGCCAGCAGCCCAGCCCUGAGGAGGAAAUGAGCCCUUAGGAUUCAGACACCUCCAAGACCAAGGCCCUCUCACAAGCAAGACAGUGGAUCGGAUACUCUUCAGAGCCCUGAGAAUUCCUCUUUCAGGUUUCCAGUUUGCAGAGAACCCCACACCCCAGCUCACACAGUACAGGAUGAGCAAGCCCAGAGAUUGAGACAAAUGAUGCCUCUACUUGCUGUGUUGACAGCCCUCCUCAGCCCAACUAUUUAUUGUAUCUCUUUCCUAAACCAGGACCACUUAUGCCUAGAUUUGUUAGGACUCUUUUUGUCCCUCUCCUCCUUAAUAAAGCAUAUUCAAGCUUGUACGUCUCCCCACCA